CCCUGUCGUUGCGAUGUACGGCGCAUGCUCAGUGCCUCCCGGCGUCUAGAGCCAGUGUCUGUAUCCGUCUCCUGUGCGCCGUAGACCCCACCUCUAGCCGGCCCCUCCUUCAGCAGCAGCCUCAGCAGCAGCAGGCCCAGUCUCCCCUCCCAGUGUGGGUUAGACGCCUCCUCUUCAUCAGGCCCAGUCUCUCUCCGCCAUGUUAGUUUCUCCCGGUCCCGGCCUACUGAUCUGGCCGAUUUCUUUGAAUACCGUCUGGUUUCCAGCUCCGUUCCCACCUCGGUGCCCGUGCGUGUGAGCGGCGGCCCCGGGCCGGUGCGGGGUAAGGCGGAGAUCCGGUCUCUGAGCAGAAUUAGCCAGGACCGUGGUGAUUUGUGGAGGGGCGGUUUGUGAGUGGUAGCUACAUUAAGUGGAACCAUGCAUUAAAACUACCAGAUAUUGUAACAUCUCCAGUCAUGGGGGACAUGAAGACUCCAGACUUUGACGAUCUUCUUGCCGCUUUUGAUAUCCCAGAUGCCACAAGUUUGGAUCCUAAAGAAGCUAUUCAGUCUACAAGUGAUGAACAAGAGAACCAUCUGAAACCGUCAGGAAUGUGUUUGGAUGAGAAUCUGUCCUUGGCUCAGUCUGUUCCUGCUGCUGAUGUUCCUGCGGUUAGUGUGAUUGUGAAAAACACCAGUCGUCAGGAGUCCUUUGAAGCAGCUGAGAAAGAAGGAAAUCACAUGGGUCCAACUCUACUCCAGAAUGGGUUUUGUGGCCCAGAAGUGGGUUCUGAACCCCAUACUGUGGGUCCAGGCUAUGGAAAAUUUGAGCCAGGUUUCAUUAAUGGCGAUAGUUCAAGAAGUUACACUGACAAACUAGAGUCUCUCAAGACAGAACCAUUACCAACAUUUAGCCAGUUUAGUCCAAUUUCUAGCCCUGAACCAGAAGACUCAAAGGAUAAUGGAGUAUUGAGCAAGCAAAACUCAGCAGAGUCAUCUUAUUUCCCACAGUCUUCCAUGUAUAUGCCUGAAGAAGGCUGCAUGGUGGAUUCUCUGAGAAAAUCCUCAGAGCCUGAGCUGAGUAUGUUUGAUGAAUACUGCAAAAAGGAGCAGAAAUCAGAUUGCAUGGAGGUAGAUAAGGGUCGGUCUUCUGAGCAAAGCAGAGAUGGUGAAAAAGCCAGUUGUUUCCUCGGCUCAUCCUUGGCAUUCGGAGAUGUUCAAGACAACAGCAUCUCUGAGGAGAAAGUAUUUUCAGGGACAGGGGAUGCUUAUGGUAAUGCAGCUGGUUCCUCAGCUGUACCACCUCGCCAGCGUAUUAAACCAGCUCACUCUAAAUUAUCAUCUUGUGUAGCUGCUUUGGUUGCAUUGCAGGCCAAAAAAGUUGCAGUGGUCCCUAAGGAAGAACCUUUAAAUAUCUCUAAGGAAGUUAAUGUACCAUUAAAAGAAAGUAUCAAAGGGAGUCCCAAGAUGCCAAAGUCCCCAAAGAGUCCAAGAAGUCCAUUGGAGGUGGUUAAGAAGAUUAUUAAAAACCCAGACAGCCCUAUGAGUGUCUGCAGUGACACCAGUAGUAAAGACUCCCCUUCAGUCUGUGCUGGUUCUCCUCCUGCAAUUCCCAAAGUAAGAAUAAAAACUAUUAAAAUGUCUUCUGGUGAGAUCAAAAGAACUGUUACUAGGAUACUGCCAGAAGUUGACUCGGAUGAUCUGGCAAAAUCUCCAGAGGACUUACAAGAUGAAAACUCAUCUGGGGAGGAUAACAAAUCGCUUGUGCACAUGGAAGAUGUGGCCGAUUCAGAAAAGGAAAGGACAAGGAAUUCUGGAAGGAGUUCAGCCACAACUAGCAGCCAAGGACAAAAUGCUGCCAAUACCCCUGCAACCAAUGCUAAAGGGGAUAAAAAGAAAACUGUGCAAACUUCGAAACUUCAGAACCCCAGCAGUAGCUCAGUAAAGACCACCAACCCCUCACAGAACAAGAAGCAGCCAGCGGCUCCCACAAAGGUUGCAUCUAACGCAACCCCCCUACUCCCCAAGGCUGUUCACCUUGCCAACCUUAAUUUGGUUCCUAAUAGUGUCUCUACCACUGUGGGCACUAAGGCUACAGCUUUAAGGCAGACCCAGGGACAGGGGGCAACUAUGGCAGUGCCACUGGUACACCAAGUUAAAAUAGCAGCUCCUGUCAUUGUGGAUGCAUUUAAUAAACUUCUGCAUAGUGCCAAUCCUGUUCCAACUUAUACCCCCAAUUUGAACCCUCCUCCUGACUGCAAUAUUACACUGCCAGCCUCUGGUUACAAUUGCCUGGAGUGUGGAGACUCCUUUGCCCUGGAAAAGAGCCUUGCUCAGCACCACAAUAGACGGAGUAUCCAUAUUGAAGUGAUGUGUACCCAAUGCUCUAAAACAGUCCAGUUUUAUAACAAGUGUAGCUUACUAGGUCAUGCCAGGGAGCACAAGAGUAAAGGAUUGAUCAUGCAGUGCUCCCAGCUUAUGAUGAAACCCAUAUCUGCAGAACAGAUGUUGGCCCCUCCAUCUUUAAUUGUCCCACUGAUAGCAUCUCAGCCUUCAUCCUCCACUCAACGAACAAUAGUUCCAGCAUCCUCACUUGGGGUAUGGUCUGGAACUUCCACCUAUGCCCCGCCAGCCAUGCCACUUUAUGCAGACCCAUAUGGACUUAUACGCCAUGGGUUCAAGUGUUUGGAAUGCAGCAAGCAGGUCGAGGACUACACUUGUCUGGCAGGACAUUAUCAGAGAGUGGCUGAGGAAAAAGAUGGACUGACUUGCCAGGUGUGCCAGAUGAUGCUCCCAAAUAAAUGCAGCUAUGGGGCUCACCAGCGCAUUCACACACACAAGUCUCCAUACUGCUGCCCAGAAUGUGGGGUCCUGUGUCGAUCUGCUUAUUUCCAGACGCAUGUUAAGGAGAACUGCCUGCACUAUACUCGCAAAGUGGCAUUUCGGUGCAUACACUGUGGGGUAGUGUUUAUGUCUCUGGGGUUGCUGAAGGUUCACAUCCAGGACAAACACUGCGAAGUUUUCCACAAGUGCUCCUUCUGCCCCAUGGCCUUCAAGAGCACAGAAAGUACAACUGCUCACAUCACAGCGCAGCACCCCACCGCAAGCCACAAGAAUGCACAGAUAAUCUACAAGUGUUCGUGUGAGACUGUUUUCAAUAAGAAAAGACUUUUACACCAGCAUUUCUACCAGAAUACAAACACUCUACUAGUGAGUGUCUUCAAGUGUCCAGAGUGCCAGCUGGCGUACAUGCAGAAACAGCUACUAGUGCAGCAUCUCAAGAGUGUCCAUGGCCUUCCUAAAUCCACUGAAGAUUCCUCCGGCCCUCCGAAAAAGCCAGAGACUGCUGUGGAGAAAAAUGAAGACUCUUCAGCAUCAAAACCCUCUGGAAAGAGUGAGGGAACGUCUUCGUCCAGCAAGAAAGACAGUGGAUCUUCAGAGUCGCAGCACAAGCAGAAGCUGGCAGGCUGGACAUGUGGAGAGUGCUCAGAGUGGAUUCUAGACAGAGAGACCUAUGUCUUCCACAUGAAGAAAAGUCAUGGAAGGAGUAUGAAGAGGUAUCCAUGCCGGCAGUGUGAGCGUUCCUUCAACUGUUCAGCCAGCUUACGGCGACAUGUUAGAAACAACCAUGAUACAAAGAAAGAUUACACCUGCUGCUACUGCACUGAGAAGCCUACUUUUGCCAAGCCAUCCAUGUUGGCCAAUCAUAUCAUUUUAAUGCAUGGCAUCAAAAACCCUGAACUUCCUCAGAUGUCCUCUCCUUUGUUGAAAUCGGAGUCCCCUGCAGGAAGUGGACAUCAAGAGCAGACCACCGGUUCCAAGAAGGCUGUUAAGAAGGAACUUGAGGAUUCAGAAGCAAAAGAUUGCCCUGAUGCAAAGAAACUGAAAUCCGUAUACAAGUGUGCAAAGUGUGGCUUCACUGCAGACAGCAGAACAGAAUUUUUAGAGCACAUACCUCAGCACAAGAAUGAUAACUCCUCAUGCCAGUGUGUGCACUGUGGAUUGUGUUACACAUCACAAAUAUCACUAAACAGACACCUCUUCAUUGUGCACAAGGUGAAGGAGGAUGAGGAAGACGAGAGCCAAGCAAGUCCUAAUCAGAGAGCUUCAAAGAAGCAGACUCUAAGUUCAAAGUCGGAGCAGGGAGGAUCAUGGGAGUGUGUCCAGUGUAAUUUAACCUUUGAUCUUGAGAGUGCGCAUGCUGAACACAUACGGACUCACAAAGAGAGCACUCAUACCAGACAGAAAACAUGAUCCACUGUAGCUUAAUAAAUCUUGGACAAUGACAAAAUCACAUGUUUUGAAGCGAAACAAAGCCGAUAUUAAUGACUAAAAGGAAAGUUUUAAAACAAAAACUAUUUUUACUGAGAGGGAUGUUGAUUUAAAUUAAAACAGAGAAAAUGAGGUUUAAGGUACUGUUUGUUUGUGUGGACUGUCAUUUAGGACACAUUUGUCCUUUACAUGGAACGACAAGGCUCAGCAAUAUGUGGGGGACAACAGAAAGACAAAAAGGGAAGGUGGGAAAUGUAAGAAGUUUGGGUUUUUCCAUUUCUAUAAAAUAACAGUGCUUUUUCUCUUUGGUAUCCUUAUACCAUAGUGUUCACCACCAUUGCAGGAGCUUUCUGUCUCUUUGAAGGGUUCUAUAAAUUUGCUGGUGGGAAAAAGAUAAAAAAUUUAAUUCACUCUGGACAGAUUUUUCCACAUAAAUGAUGCAGCAUUUUUAUACUUGGUUCUGUACAUUUCAGAAAAGUGUUUCAUUGUAUAGUACAAUGAUAAUCUUAUGAGCAUGGCUGAUGAUAGAGAUCUAAAGAUUGAUUGCUUCAGGUCACUAUAGGAACAAGUGGCAUUACCUGAAGCGGUUCAAUGAAUACGACAGCUCUUAAGUCACACAGGAGCACAUAUAAGGGACCCAGCUAUAACUAAGCACAUAUGGAUGCCAACAGCAUUUAUGCAUAUUCAUUCAUGAAUAAAUAUGACUCUCCUUAAUUAUGUAGAAUAUAUUAAUCAUGUGACCCAUAUGUUGUUAAUGAAGCCUACAAGGUGUUGAGGGGAGGCGGAGCAAGUGAUAGUUGUCUUGGUAAAACUAGAGGGGUUACAGUGUCAUAGUAGUUUAGUUACUUAAAGCAUUUAUCUACAUUUGGAAACCUAUGCCAGAUCUUUCUCCAUCCCACCGCUCUAAGUACAAGCUAGGAGGGAACGAUAAAUAUACAGACGUAUACAGCAAACACUUGCUUACAUUACCUAAUGUAAAUCUUUUCCCUAUCCAUGGCAUAUAUAAUUUUACUUGCCUUGUUAAAUAACGCAUCAUUUCAGCAUCCCAUGUAGUCAUUAUUUGGCAUAUGCUACUUUUUAUUUAUUUACUUUUUCAACAAACAUGAAAGCUAUACCAAGUUAUUGCUCUGGGAUUUUGCGGUUACUUAUUUUCAGAGCUUGUCCUGUUUUAAAUUAUUGAAUGCACUUCUUACACAGUACACAUUUGCCUACGAAUUCAGGUCAAAUGGCAGUCCCCCAUAUGUCUUUGGUUUAUGCAGAUUAAUGAGCUGGGAGAACACAUAUAUUUAAUAAUUUUCAGGUAUUAAUGUGAAUUUUGUAUGUAUGAGGAAAGCCACCAUUGUCUUGUCUUUCAUCAUCAUCUGUACAUGGGUUCAAGCAACUGAUACAUACAUGCAACCUUAAUCCAUAGGCUGAGUUUUAGUCAUUUAACAAAUAAACCUGUGCUGUUUUGAUAGCGAUCAUGUUAUUAAAUACCCAGAGAGCAACUACUGUAACUUAGUAACCCGCUGGAGUAAUGGCAAUCCCAUAUUAUGGUGGAACAAAUGGCAGUGUAUCAGGCUUUAGAAAUUGUGUUGAUCACCCUUUCAGGUAUGUUUACCAUUGAUUUGAAUGGCGUCCAGAUUACAAGAUUAAAGUUGUCUAAAAUGUUUUUGGUGCGUUCACUAGAAGCAAAGAUGUGGAUGUUGUGUUUAGAAAAAUAAUCUUAGAUUUAUACUCUUUCUUUUCUGGUUAAUAGGGAGAUAACAAAAAUGUAUCAUAGCUAUGCAAUCAAUCAUGAUAAGAGAAGAUUUUGAUUUAUAGUGGAAGGUUUCGCCACAGAUGAUGACAUUUAAAGAACGUAUAGGAAGAAAUGUAUGUGGGUUGGAACAAUUCCUUUUUUUUUUUUGGCUGUUUUUUUUUUUUAUUAUUUAAUGCAAGAUUAUACCAUAUUUACAAUGGUUUAUUAUUACUAUGUUUUUCUAGUUCUCUUCAGCAUUACAUAUUGGCAUACAUUGUUAAAUGGAGGAUUUAAAUACUUAUAAAUACAGUUUAUAUGAGUGGGAGCUGUCAUAUUGAUUUCUAUUGCCCAUUUCCACCAGCAGAACCCUGCCCUAGCGACUCUAUUCCCGUUCUUAACAUUUGACUGUUUGCGUUAAAUGACCAUGCAAUAAUGUUUACAAUUAGCAUUUUUUAAAUAGAAAUGGUCUAGUUUGAUUCAGCAGAAAGAGUCCAACAUUGUCAAUAUACAAGAUAUAAAUAUAUAGUAACAUUUAUUAUAUGGGAUCAGUGUUUAAGUUUCUGUAUUUAGUUUUUACUUUGAGAUUGGUUCAUAUGUGAGCUAGUUCUGAUAUCAUUGGAGAUGUAACGGUUAUACAACAUAUACCAUGGAGGGCAAGAAAAAGUGGCAAUGACCGAUGUUCUUAGCAAUAUGUAAAAACUCUAUUUCAAAAAAAGUUGUGGGUUGAAUGGUUUUUACCUACUUACACAAGAACCAAUAGAUGUUAGCGUAACCCUGCUGAGCAUUAUCAGUCUCCUUGUUAUCUCAAUAUAUUUUUUAAGUUGACUAACCAACGUACUGCAGUGUCUUCAAAGGGUAGCGCAAACUAAAACGGUAAAAUCAGUCAAAAUAAGUAAGACCUGCAAGAUUACUUACCUGCACUGUGUGGUAAAUCCUUAGUCUUGCCAAUAGCUUGUUCAUGUGUGAUACUGAUGGACACUUCCUGCACCUGCUUGCUAUCUUUACCUACAGAUGUGUCCUCAUACAUCUAGCCUCAAUACACCAUCCAGCGUAAGGACACCUGGCGUGAGUGAGCAGCCAGGUUCUGUGCAACUCUGCUAACGUUGGGAAUCUUCUUUUGCCGAAAAUGUGUCUUAGUUACAGCACAAUGCGACUAGCAUGCACAAUGAUACUGUGCGGAUUUCUUUGAUAUGACAUUAGUAUAUUGUAUGUGUGACUGAGCCUGAAUACGAAGCAGAACAGAAUAUAGUGCUUAUUCUAUAGGCAACAUUUCAUCAACCUAAUUGUUAUGAAUCCAGCAUAUAAAUACUUCUGACCUCUUAUGUAUUUGCUUGCAGUCGCACCACUCAGCAUCCCAGGUCUAGUGAGACUCUGGGUGGUUUUUUUUGUUUUGUUUUUUACCGGAAAAGGUGUCUCAGUCGCAGUGCGAUACAGCUAGGGCAUACCAGGAGACACUGUAGAUUAAUUUGAUAUGCAACACUUUUAUAUCUGUGUGCGACUGCAUCUGUAUACAGUGUUACGAUGCAGCUGGCAGGGUUUUUUUUUUUUUCUCAAAGCCAAGUUCUGUUAUGCUACAUAUGCAGACUCACAAUAUACAUCCGCACAGUCUCCUAUUGCAUCCUAGUUGCAUCACAUUGCAUCUAAGAUGUAUAUUUGUACAUACAUCUGUAUGUACUAAGUUGAUAAACACACAGUUGAAAUGUCGUGGAUGCUGCUGUCUCUUUGGUUAUGCAUAUUUGGAUGAUAACAAAUCCUAAAUGCAACAUUCUGAGUAAUGAGAUUAAUAUUGCAGUGUUGCUGGGAUCCUUGUGUAUAAGGAUGGUGGUAUUUAUAUACCAAGUACUGAGGAAGUGGGACCAAAAUAGAUCCAGUUCCCUAUAAAAAGGAAAUUGUAAAACAUUCACUUUUUCACUUUGAGUUCACUGAAUAGGACCAGAUGGGUAGGUAUCCAGUAUAAAAUACUUUACAAUUCAGAUUUAAACAACCUUUUAGAAAAAACAAAACAAAAAAACUUUGACUUGCUACUUUGAGCCUGUGCUGAAAAAUAUUGGCAAUAAUAUACAAGUCCGUGGUCCUGCCCAGUCAGGUCAACGUUUUCAUUAAAACAAGGCACCAUAUAUGUUGGAAAUACAUGGUUGUAAAUGGGAAUCUAAAAAAAAAAAUAAGCAACUGGCCAAGAAAAUUCUCCAGAAAGAUGAGGGCCCCAAAAAGUUUCAUUUUUCCAGUGUGUACCAAGCUUUAACAGCAUUUAAGGUGAGAUCUCAUAGAAUUAUAUUAUCUUUACUUGUUUGCUAUCUAGUAAAGAAUUUACGGGCAGAUGUAGUAAGCCUGGAGAAGUGAUAAAGCAGUGAUAAGUGCAAGGUGAUAACGCACCAGCCAAUCAGCUCCAAUAUGUAAAUUGACAGGAGCUGACUGGCUGGUGCAUUAUCACUGCUUUAUCACUUCUCCAGGCUUAAUACAUCUGCCCCUUAAACCUUUUGAUUAUUUCAAGUAUUGCUGACAUAACCGAAAGCGGUUUUGAAUUACAGACAGUAUAUAUAGGCUUUGGUUGGGUAUUUGAGUUAGUUUUUGAAUAGUUCUGGAAUAGGGCUAUAAUACAGGUCUAUAGUUCUACAGGUCACACCAUUGAUGUAGCACAAGCCAGCUGGUUUACAUAAGUUUUGUGGUAGCAAGACGGCAAAAAGCUAUUAGUUUUUCUAGCCGCCAAAAUGCCAGUGCAGCUGUUUCUGCCCAAGCUGUGUAUGACCUGAUCUGUGAGUAAUUUGUCCACAUUCCUGGAAUGGCAAGUUGCACAGAGUUGUGGCCAGUAAGAACCAAUAUCUAAACAGGAAGAUUUCCCUCACAUAAACUUACAGCGUCUGGGUUUGCUGGUGAAGCUACAUAGGUGGUUGCUGCAGGUCGUUUGUCAGCCUGCUCUACCCAAUUCAUUCUGAUCUAAUCUAAUUUUAAUUGUGAGCAGUAAUUGUUUGUGAAGCAGCACAGAGGAAGUGACCAAAUUGGCUGAGCAAAUCUGGCUAGCUUUAGCCUACGCACCAACAUGCGUUUAUAAUUAUGGGUUUAGCAUGCUUUUUUUUUUUUUUUAAAUGCAUACCCAAAUUAAAAUCAUUUUAUAAAGUGAUACUAUACAUACUAUUAUCUGUUUUGAGGACAAAUUUCCCAAUUUGUUCAAUGAAUACAUUUUCAGCCUGCAGUAACAGCUUUUACUAUUCCUGCCAAUGGACUCUGCUUUGAGUAGUCUAUAGAACGGUUUACUUAUACGAACGCAUUUCUUGUACCAAUUGUGGUUAACUAAACAACAACCCUCUGUGGUUAAUACUGGCUUAGUGAUUUGGAGUAUUCCCAAAACCUUGGUGGGGUGCGUGUCUAUUGAGGAGUGUGAGCACCUUUUGUAAUAGAAGCCAUGCAAGUUGUGAGUGACAGGGGGUAUAUUUACUAAUGGGCAGUAUGUUAUAGUCGCUGAUCAUCGACGGCUAGGCCAAUAGUUUUACAAUAUCGUCAUAAAUGCUAAACCACCCCGGCUUAGCAUGGCUUUCUGCUGCCGAUUUUAAAACUGUUGGUCAAGGCCACCAAUGAUCGUGGUUUUGACAAGCUGCCACUCUGAGUCUGUCGUAAUGUGUCCUGCAUUUUUAUAUUCUUCCUGCAUCAUUUAAAUGUCAAAAUCUGAAUCCAGGUGAUGUACUAGUCCUGUGUUUUCUCUGCCAGUAAAUACAGCAUUACUGUUUGCAAUGUGUCGCUGCUGACUCUGUCUUGUCACCUUCAGGCAGGGUUCCCUAACAAAGUAUUCUGCCCACAUUCUAGACUAGACUAUGCUCUCCCAGUUUUCAAUGUUAUGCUGACUUAUUGAAGAUUGUUUUUAUUGUAUUUAAAUGUAGUCAUAUUGACUAUGUAUACAUAUAUAAAUAUAAAUAAAUCUAUAUACUUUCACAACAAGGGUAUUUUUCUGUAAAGGUACCACCCCACUUGCCAUAUUCAUUGUUGGAUUUGUUUUUAAUGUACAUGUGCAUGAUUUUGUGUAGUAUGUGUGUAUGUGUGUACAAUAUACACCUUGGCCUGUCUGCAAACUGCCUUUCAGUUUUCCAUCUCACAUGGUCCAGUAAAUCUGGCAUCAUUUACCUCUAUAUUUAAUUAAUAUAAAUACACCUUUUUCAUGCAGCGAUCAAUAAAAGUACAACUGGAUCUAUUGUAAACUUUUUGGGGAACUUGUAGUGGCUGCUAUUCGUUAAACAUUUAAAAUAAGUCGGAUAACUUAUCUGUGAUGCCACUGGUUGCUAUUAUUUGAUCUGACUGUUACAAACAGGCUGAUUCCAUUGGGUGUAGGAAACGGGUAAUCCUUACCUGACCCUAAAAAACAAAAACAAAAAAACAAGCUGCUUUAUAUGAUACUAGUUGCCAGCCCGUCAAAAUAAUGGAACAACAUAACUGUAAUGUCAUCACUUUGAGUUGCUCCGUCGGGUGCCAUCUAGUGGCCGCCGGUGCACAGAACACUUGAAUUCUCCCCAUAGAGGUGAGGAGCAGUGUUAGACUUUUAUUUUUUAGUAUAGCUGCUAGUAGUUUUCAAAGAAUAUAUAUGUAAAUGUUUCAGAAACCUGUUAAAACUAAAUUUAUGUGAAAGAAAGCUGUGAAUCAUCAGUAUUUUUUAUUUUAUUUUUUUUCUAAAUCCUCAAAGUUCCUAUCUGUAAAGAUGGUCGCACCUGGAGUUUUCUACAUAUGGCUGACCAAAUUGGAAGUUAUCUGGCCACUUCGUACUGGGGGCCAGGAAGCCAGGUCACUUCCAGCUGCCCUUUUAUAUAGUUGUAAAACCCUCACAGGCCAAUAGUGUUCAUUUUCCGCCUUCAUUGUCAAACAUUCCCAACAACGAUACUCUCAGUUUCCAUGGGAUCUUUCAUCAGGCACAUUUUAUAAAUGUUUCAAUAUCCCGCAAGUUGCGGUAUAUAUCACUACAUCUGUGGCCACGUUCAUGCUGUUGAAGGACAUUGCAGGGAUCCACCACUCAGAAUACAAUGGAACCAUACAAAAGGCAAUUCAAAUAAAAUGACAUACAAUGUUAAAUAUAUAAAUAUAUAUAACUCCAUUAUUGCUCAGUAAAAUAUAUACAUACAUAUAAUUUGUGACUGUUUUUAAUAUAUAUCUAUAUUUAGGUCUACUUCCUAUCUUGAAGAUAUGCUGCUAAGUGGCACUGCACCUUUUCACAUAGCAUUCAUCUUUUACCUGCAAUAUGAUCCUAUUUUCUGCUGAGCCAAGUUUUCCUGUACUGUUUUCUUAAUUAAAUGACAAUUAUUUAAAGCAAGUAAAGAGAAAUAACUGCUAUUUAUCGUGCCGCCUUUAAAGAGAAGGAAUUUUACUCGUUUUCUGGUGUUUUGAUACAAAUCUAAAUAUUUCUACCCUCUUUUAUAACAAAGUGCAGGUUACAAUAAUGUACAGAGUAGACUCCUCAUAGAUUUUCUGUUAUGAGAACAUAUCUCCCAUUUGUUUAAUCCUUUCAGGAUUGUAUGUAUGUUUGCUUCAGAAUAUUUCAAAUAAAAGUUUCAAACAGGA